AUAACCUCAAAUAAAUUUCCUUUCAGAAAGGAGUUGGCUUCGUAGCAUAUGCAGUUAUUGAAGAAUAUUAUUAAUAUUCAGAAAAAUGGUUUUGGAUUUGGAUUUAUUUAGGAAUGAUAAAGGUGGAAAUUUAGAAAAGAUAAAGGAGAACCAAAAGAAAAGAUUCAAGGAUGUAGGUUUAGUUGAUUUAGUUGUUGAAAAAGAUUCCUUAUGGAGGCAGUUGAGACAUAAUGCCGAUAAUUGGAACAAACUCAAAAAUCUUUGUAGUAAAACAAUUGGGGAGAAGAUGAAAAAAAAAGAACCUCAGGGUGACGCAACCGAAGACGUUCCUUCAGAUAUUUCAGAUAAUUUGAGUGCCAUUAAUGGUGACUUACUAAAACCCUUGACUGUAAACCAAAUCAAGAAGGUUCGUGCCUUGAUAGAUGAGGCUAUUCUCAAGAACGAACAAGAUUUAGCAGAAACUGAGAAAGCUAGAAACAAUGCUCUAAGAGAAGUGGGUAAUCAUUUACAUGAGUCAGUACCAGUAGAUGAUGAUGAAGAUAAUAAUAAAGUAGAGAGAACUUUUGGAAAUUGUGAAUCCAGAAAGAAAUAUUCUCAUGUUGAUUUAAUACAUAUGAUUGAUGGCAUGGAUGGGGAAAGAGGUACAUUGGUCUCAGGUGGAAGAGGAUACUAUUUGACUGGGCCUGCUGUUUUCCUGGAACAAGCUCUUAUUAAUCUUGCUCUGAGGAUAUUGCACAAGAAACAGUACAAACCACUUUACACUCCAUUUUUCAUGAGGAAAGAGGUUAUGCAGGAAGUAGCACAAUUAUCCCAGUUUGAUGAGGAGCUGUAUAAGGUUAUUGGGAAAGGAAGUGAAAAAGCUGGAGAGAAAGAUAUUGAAGAGAAAUAUCUUAUUGCAACUUCUGAACAACCAAUUGCUGCUUUUCAUAGAGAUGAAUGGUUAGCAGAAUCUUCUCUUCCUAUUAGAUAUGCUGGCAUAUCUACUUGUUUCAGACAAGAAGUGGGAUCGCAUGGUAGAGAUACAAGGGGCAUUUUCAGAGUACAUCAAUUUGAGAAGGUUGAGCAAUUCUGUUUGACAUCCCCAUUUGACAAUGCAUCUUGGAUAAUGAUGGAUGAAAUGAUUGCCAAUGCAGAAGACUUUUACAAAUCGCUGGGAAUACCAUAUAGAAUCGUCAAUAUAGUUUCAGGUGCUUUGAAUCAUGCUGCCGCUAAAAAAUUAGACCUGGAAGCAUGGUUUCCAGGAUCUGGUGCAUUUCGAGAACUGGUUUCUUGUAGUAACUGUUUGGAAUAUCAAGCUAGGAGACUUUUAGUGAGGUAUGGACAAACCAAGAAGAUGAAUACUACUACCGACUACGUGCAUAUGCUGAACGCAACUAUGUGUGCUACAACCAGAGUAAUCUGCGCCAUCUUGGAGGUACACCAGACUGAAACUGGUAUUAAGGUUCCAGAUGUUUUGAAAGAUUUUAUGCCAGAACCAUACAAAGAAGAAAUUCCAUUUGUAAAACCUGCUCCAAUUGACACUGAAAAAGAGAAGAAAUCUAAGAAGCAGAAAGAUAAAAAGGGUACAGGAGAAGAAUAGUUGUGCUUAUUUGUUAAUUUGCAUUUAUUGGUACUCAAAUAAUUCCUCUAAUAAAUAACAAUACUUUUCAAAUCGAAA